CAAAAGUAAUCUUUAAGUAACGACUACCCAAAAGGCCUUCCGCGCGCAAAGCCUGUUGUUUUGUAUCGGGCUUUUCAGCUCCCCGAGUCCGUCGCCACAUCCAGCAGGACCAGCCUCAUGGAACGCACUCGGAGCAGCGGAGCCACCGACGCAGCGCGCAAGCGCAAGCGAGGAGCGCUACAGGACAUCAGUAACAAUGCCAAGAAGCUCUCGCAGUCUCGCUCGUCCUCUCGGCGCAGUUCGGGCGUUGUCAAAAAGGAGACGGGGGUGGGGAACGAUGCGGCCAAACCCAAGGCACCGCGCGCCUCUGCGCGCCGCAAGACGACAGCAACGACCGUCAACUCAGCGCUCAAGAGCUCCAUGGCGUCCACGGCCGCCAGUAAAGCCAAGAAGCGCGCACCCGCUGGCAAGAAGACGGAGACGACUCGCACCAAGAAGCGGAAGCUCGAGGGCGCCGAGAACCAGCCACUAGCUCCUCACCAGAAGAUCCAGACAAGUAUGUUGUCAUUCCAGGCGCCUUCGAAGCCCAAGGAGAAACAGGAGAAAGGGGACGCAGACAAGGAGAACGCCGCCGUGAAGACAGAGGUGGACAACCAGGUGGAGACUGUAGCAGUGAAACAAGAAGUGGUGGAGGAGACAGAGACAGCGGAAGCUGCUCAGGUGAAGAGCGAGGAGAGGAAAGAAGACACGCCAGAGGUUCCGGAACAGACUGAGAGGGAGGCUGCUGCACCAGCUGCUGCUGCACCGCGUGACGAGUAUGCGCCUCGUCCGUACACGUUUACAUUCGACCACAGGAACUCGUGUUUUGACGAAGAAACGUACGCUGCAUCCGUGCGUGACAUUGACGCACCGUCGACUACCACGAGCUCGCACCACGCGAAGCUGGUACGCGAGUUGGACACUUAUUACAGGAAACAUGAAGUCAAGUAUCUGCCGGACGCAGACUACAUCGGCACCGUGCAGCUGGAUAUUAACGAGAAGAUGCGCACCAUUCUGGUCGAUUGGCUGGUCGAGGUCGGCGAGGAAUACGAACUCGACUCACAGACCUUCCACAAAGCGGUUAACCUGGUGGACCGCUGCCUUAAGAAAAUCAAGAUCAACCGCAAGCAGUUCCAGCUACUUGGCUGCGCAUGCAUGAUGAUUGCAGCCAAAUUUGAGGAAGUAUACGGCCCUAACGUUGAGGAGUUUGUUUACAUUUCCGAUCAGACGUACACUGCGGAUGAGAUGUUGAACAUGGAAGUACAAGUUCUCAACGCGCUGCAGUACCGUGUCGCGUCGACUACGUGUUAUGGAUUCAUGCAUCGCUAUAUGAAUGCAGGGUGUACGACAGACAAGCAACGUUCUCUGGUGUUGGUGAGUGCCCUGGUGGUCCUUGUAGGUGUUGCCAGCGUCUUCUUUUCUCUCUAACUUUUACGUUUGCUUUCUACAGUAUCUUUGUGACUUCGCACUACUCUUUUACCACAUGGUUCGGUUCAAACCGUCGAUCCUGGUGGCCUCUGCUGUGUAUCUUGCACGUUUGACGACUGGGGAAGCAGAACCUUGGACGCCUACUUUGCACCACGUGACCAAGUACAACCCAUUAGAUUUUCAGGACUGCGUCGAGGAGCUGCAUCGUCUUCACGCGAUUGAGUCCCAGGUGGUCAACACUCAGAGGGAUAAAGCGAAGGCUGUGAGCGAGAAAUACCUGGCUGACAAGUUCCACAAGGCCAGCACGAUCCCUGCGUGCAGCAAGAACCAGUUAUCGGACUCUUUCGACCAGUACUCGCCUGCUUAAAGAGACGUGGCUAGCUCCGCGAAUUUUUCUUGUUCUCGAAACUGGUCGCUGGUUCCCACGGUAAUUAAGCAUCGACGGAUCAGCGAAAAUACGUUCAGGACCAUCGUAGCACUACAAGAAGCAGGCAUUCGUCGGUAUUAUUCCCAUCAUUAUAGUCAGGUUUCGUUUUAUUCGUCGCUCUGUGACUGAAGUUCCUACGUCAUCAAUUUCUCCGUACAAGUUGCGACUGAAUCCUAAUCCACUGACCUUUUUGCUUAUAGCUUGCCCAAGUGAAGCUACAGCCACGCUAGACCACCCUGCGAUCUCAAUCCACUCUAGCUUGAUAAGAUCGGCCCGCAAACGGUGCGCUUUAAUUUCGUUCGAGGUGUGGAACUUGGAUAGCCUCGCCGCCCGAUGAGCGACGAAGACAAACUUCAGUUCCGCUGUAAUCUCUCGCUCACCGAAAGCUUGCUCCCUCUACGAUCUACGCAAUACACGUAGCAGCAAC